AUCACUAAAGUUUUUGAUUCAAAGCACAUAAAUUGAAACGUCAACAAACCUAUGUCAAAAAAAUAUUAACAAAAUAUGCAGAAAAACAUGUUUUAACCCACCAACUUUCAUGAAACCCUCAAGCCAUGGACACUACAGACGUCGCGCCAAAAGACCCUCGUUUCGCGCUGGUCAUCCAAUACUUCAAGGAGAAUGAGUCGGGAUCCUUGGCUGAUGUGCUUCGAUAUGUCAAACGAAAGUACCGACUUGGAAGUAGAGAGGAGCUUACGAAUGUGGUGGAAUCUGCUGUGCAUAGUGGAGCGGCCCUGGGUCUGUUCGAGAGGAAACUAGCCAAGGCACCAUCCAAGCCAAGGAUAGGGACUAUCCGCUGCUCCACCCACAUACUGCCAAGCCAGCGCUGUCGGUGCAGCUCCGUAAAACGCAGGGGACUCGGAAAUAACAAAGAAAUCAAACGCCUGUUCAUUGGACGCUUGACUAGGUAAAGCUGAUGAUGAUAUUGCCUAAUUUCCGUGGUCUUCAGACAGGAGCGGAACUUCGUCCAAUAGCAGCUCGACAGUGUCGACUGUGUCCACUGUGUCCAGAUUGUCCAGUGCCUCAACUGUCUGUGAUGAAACUGAAUGUGAUGAGAGUGAUAUAGACAUGGAAGAAAUUCAAAAUAGAGAAUCUAGUGAAUCCGUUUCUAAACCCAAAUUUUACUGUCCAUGCAUAACUGAAUUAUGUCAACGUUUGUUCCAAAUAAAACGCCAUUGAAGAUAAA